AUGAAGACUGGCAUCUGCUAUCCAUGUACCGUUGAUGGCAAUUACCAAUGUGACCUACUCAGCAAUGGCGCUCCCUGCACGCAAUACCGGGACAAAAUCAUCAAUCGAGGAAAGUCGUGUAUCUGUGUGGACACCACCAAAACCAUCGAAGAAUACCGGGCGGACGCCGAGCGGGAUAGGCAGAACACUCUGGCCAAGUCAAAUCAACAGAGAGAGGCCAUGGUACUCUCUGCCCAGAAUCAGCGUCAGCAAACAAUCAAUUCUCCUGCUUAUGGCCAGCAAUACCCGCCGCAGCAGCCUAUGAUCCAAUACCCGGCUUACCAACAGCCGCCACAAACGCCUCCAGGAAUGGUCAUGGUCCCUGCUCAGUACGUCGUGCAGGCGCCUUAUGGCCAGCCCAGUCAGUCAUUCCAUUUCGGCCACUACAAUCCAAACGCGGGAAUGCAUCAGUUCACUGGUAGCGGGCCGGCACAGGGGCAAGUCCAUAUGUCGAAAGGCCAGAAGAGGGCCAAAAAGCAAAGGGCGGUCAAAAGACAAGGCGCUCUGCAGCAAAAUCAUCAGUUGCCUCCGCCGCGCAAUUCUGACCCACCUCAGCCAGGGAAUUUCCAGCAGCAGCUUCUGAUGAAUCAGGAAUCCCAGCGCCAGGCUCAAAUGAGCAACAAUCGAGAGCGCGGAAGGGAACACGGCGACGAUGCCGAGACUAGAGACCGCACGGAUGAGGUCGCAUCGCAAACCAGUGCGGCGCUCGAAGAAGCGCGGCUUGAAUACCAACGGAGGUUAAAGAUCAAUCAGUGGACGGCAGAGAAUCAGAAAGGGCCAAAUAAUGAUAAAAUUCAUCGCCCGACAGUCCUCGCUGGCCAAGGCGGCCAGCAUCUUCUUACGUUGCCUGGACUCCAGGCCAUCCGGGAUGGAUCGAACACGGGCGGCGUCGGCGGAGUUCCAGCCGACGGCAGUCCUCGCAACAGGCCGCUCUGA